CCUAGUUCCUAUGUUGUCGACUCGUCGGGAAACAAAGAAAAAGGGCGAAGCGGCAUUUUCCUCAGGCGAAGGGAUCCGUUAAUUCUGCACUUUCGGGCGGGGAAAAGUGAAAUCUGAAGCAAAUGGCAACUCCACCGCCACCGGGGAUCGGGAAUUUUGAGGGAGGACCUCCGCCGGCAGCGCCUCAGCAGCCAGGCACGGACAUGACUGGAAUUUGCUUCAGAGACCAACUCUGGCUCAAUACUUACCCUCUCGAUCGGAACCUGGUUUUCGAUUACUUCGCCUUGUCCCCUUUCUACGACUGGACUUGUAACAAUGAACAGCUCAGAAUGCGCUCAAUUCACCCCCUCGAUCUCUCUCAACUCUCAAAAAUGACAGGGAUAGAGUACAUGCUGAAUGAAGUUAUGGAGCCCCACCUUUUUGUUUUCCGAAAGCAGAAGAGGGAUGGUCCUGAGAAAGUCACACCAAUGCUGACUUAUUAUAUCUUGGAUGGUUCUAUUUACCAGGCGCCUCAGCUUUGCAAUGUCUUUGCUGCCCGAGUUAGCCGGGCACUAUAUUACAUAUCGAAGGCCUUUACUACUGCUUCCUCAAAGUUGGAGAAGAUUGGAUAUGUGGAUUCUGAGAAUGAGAGUGAAGACGUAAAACCUGCAAAAGGGACCAUUGACUUUAAGGAAGUAAAGCGAGUUGAUCGUAUUCUUGCAUCCUUACAGCGCAAGCUGCCACCUGCCCCUCCACCCCCACCAUUUCCAGAAGGUUAUGUUCCUGCUCCCGCAUCAGAAGCAGAAAAAGGCCCUGAAAGCCAGCAAGGAGAACUGCAACAGCCUGCAGCAGAUCCCAUUAUUGAUCAAGGCCCUGCUAAAAGGAUGAAAUUUUGAAGGAAGUGCUUAUGCUAUGUUUCUCAUUCAUGCUGAGAAACAUAUUUAAACCUGCAAUCGAAGUUCAACACGGUGAAAUGGCUGCCCGAUGCAUGGUACCCCCCCCCCCCCCC